AUGCCUAUUUCUGCUUCAGACCUAGCAUCAGACACGAUGGCUACUGCAUUUUCUUACGCCCAAGCCGCCAAGGGUCAGGCGGCUACUACAUCCGCAACCCAGCCCACUGAGAGCGGCAAGGACGCCGCCAACUCGGUAAGCGGUGAACAAUCCACGGCUGAUACCAACGCCGUCAAGAGCAACGACUCCGUUGACGACGAGCCCUCGAGAAAUACUACCUUGAAGGCCCAGCUCGCCACCAAGCAGGACGCUCCCUCGGCCCCGACCGAGGCCAACACCAGCAACACAUCCGCCGCUGCCUCCGUCACCGACUCUCGACGCGAUGACGAGGAUGCCUCUAUCGAAGGCUCGGCGCGCCGAAGCGAGAAGAGCGUAAGGUCGGCAAGUGCUUCCACUCGCGUGACCGACGAUGCCGACCCGAAGAAGGGCUCUAGGAAGCCGAAAAAGGGUAAGACAGGAAAGGAGUCUAGCGAGGAUGCCAAGAAGGAGAAGGCCGCGGAGCAGGAGAAGGAAGUGCAACCCAAAAUCGAGCUGGUCGAGGCGCCGCUCCCUUCGGUCAAUAUCUGGACCCAACGAAAGGAGACGCAGGCUGCGAAGACUUCUGUCACCCUCCCCGCAUCCAACGGUGUCCCCAAUGUGUCCAACCCCGCCGAUGCUUGGCCCAACAGCCAGGAAUCAAAGAAGAAGAGCAAGGCCGUCGACGCCACUGAAGCGACCAACGGUGCUGUCAGCACCAACAAAUCUCAGCGCAAGGUCGGCGACGGCGAAGCUGCCGUCCGCAGGAACGGCGCACGUGGCUCCAGAGUGACCGAAAAAGACGGCCGACCUACCGAGGUACCCCCUCCGGUUGGUGAUGUCCAGUCAUGGCCCACGCCCGAGACGGCCGUUAAGGAGACGAUCAAGGAGGAUAAGCGAAAGCCCUCCGACAAGGUCGAGCGGGCAGAGGCCGAGGCCCAGGAAGACGCCGCCUCCAAAGGACGCUCCAAGGACAAAUGGGAGCGCAUGGACUUCGUACCUACUGUCCAGUUCUCUACCCCCAUCCCAUCCGUGAGAGGAUCUCGAGGAGGACGCGGCGGAGCACGUGGCGGACGCGACGUUACCUCCCGCGGUGGCCACGGUGCCGCCGCCGCCGCCGCUUCCGAUAAGCCUGCCGGUGCUGCUGCCCAAACCAAGAGUGCUGCAAGUGAGGGCCGCGAGCGCGCCCGAGAUGGUAACGCUCUGGCCAGAACGAACUCCCAGCCACCUGCCGCGAACAAGCGUGCCUCCAUGGAGGGGUCCAACAAGGAGCAGCGCAAACCGGCAGCACCUAGCUCGGGCGAGCGCAACAAGGAGUCACAGUCUAAUGCCACCAGCGAACAGGCUGGACCGGUUAGAGAGAGAGGCGAAGGUCGUGGUGACAGGGGCCGUGGCGGAUACAGAGGCCGCGGAGGCCACCCCGGAAACGUGCCCAUGCACACCCAGCAGUCUUCCUUCAUGGGGAACGGCAACUCUUUCGGCUCUCAAGGUCCCCGCCAGUACACUAGCCCCCCUUUGCAUCAGAACGGCAGCUUUGCCCCCUCAUACAGCAACUCUCAGUCUCGGGGCGGCCGCGGCGGCCGCGGUCAGUCCAACGGUUCCGGUGCCUUCCGCGGGGCCGGUGGCCCUUCGAACUCUGGCCGCAUGCGUCAGGUUCAGACAAGCAUGAGUCAAGGCUCCUGGGAGUAUGGCAUGCCCAUGACCCCCGGCUCUUACCCGGCGUUCUACGAGCAAACCAGACACCUCAUGAUUCCUCAACUGGAGUACUACUUUUCUGUCGAGAACCUCCUGAAGGACGAAUUUUUGCGCAAGCACAUGGACAGCCAGGGUUUUGUGCCCUUGGAUCUUGUGCUUGGCUUCUCCAGAGUUCGGACUGUGGCUGACCCUCAGACUUUGCGCUCAAUUUGCGCCGAGUGCCCCCAGUUGGACUACGUUAUCGGAGACGAUGGCGUUGAGAGGCUGCGCUCUCGUACGCACUGGCAGAAGUUCGUCUACUCCAAGAUGGAGUUGCGGUUCGAGUCUGCGCGCAAUGCUGGACCUCAAUACUUCUACCCGCGCUCGCUUCAUGCCAUGGCCCCGUAUGACCACGGAAUGCUGGGUGACUACCCUGUUGUUUCGCCUUCCGCUUACCCCAACGGCACUGAGAACAGCUAUGUUGCCUACCCUGCCGAGGUGCCUGCCGGACAGACCAAUGGCGCGGCGAAUGGUUCCGGGCCUGAUACGCAGCUUUCGGCCCAGGUUCCCGAGUUUCAGCCGGGAACAUCUCCUGAGCAGACGGCUGAGGCUUCACCGGCCGCCGCUCAUUCGCAGCUGGAGUCCAAGACCCAGUCUCUCGUCAACGGCUCAGCGGAGGCUCACGCGGAGGCUGUGCCCUUGACUAACGGCAACCACGCCCAGCCUGCUGAAGCCCUUGAGUCCUAG